UCUUGUUCUUCAUGCUGCUGCUGCUGCUCUUCACCAAUCUUCAACCUCAAUAGAGACCGAAAAUUUCAGAGAAAAAACGCGAAAACGCACAAAUUAUCUCAAUGCGUAACGCUCUUAUCUGAUGAAUUUUCUCUUAGUUUCUCAAGAAUGGAUGGUCUCUCACUCAGCACCACUCUCACUGCCAACAGUCACUCUGCAAUUCAAUUCUUGCAGCCCUUUUCCCAUGCCAAGAAAUCAAGAAUUCUGACUUUUCCUUAUAGAAAACCCAGAAAUCUUUUGGUUUUUGCAUCAAAAGAUGACUCGAAACUCGAUGAGUGGGACAAGAUGGAGCUUAAGUUCGGUAGAAUGCUCGGCGAAGACCCCAAAAUCACCUUAGCCAAGAUAAUGGGCAGGAAAUCGAAUCCCGAUUUGUCUUAUUUGGAAAUAGAGAAGUUAUUGGAUAAGAAGAAGGGAAAAGCACUGGAUGAAGAAAUAAAAGAGGUCCCAUUUGAUUUUUCAGACGAAAAGAAGUCAACAAAAUCUGUGCAAGGAUUAGAUUUGGUUCGGCCUGUUCCUAAGAAAGGAACCAACUUUGGUAUGACUAAUAAACCAGUGGAAUCAGAUGCUAAAAAUUCUAAGCAAACAAUUCCAAAGGCUACAAAAGAGAAUAAAAGCAGUGUUCCCAAUGUUAUCUUGAGAAAACCGAGUUCAUAUUAUGAGAAUGAUGAUGGAGAUGGAAAAUCUUCAAGGUUUAGUAUGAAGCCAAACUUAUCACUGCAAAUGGGGAAAAAUCCGCAGGAGAGGUUUAGUGAUAUUACAUUGUUAAAGAAGCCUGAACCAAUGACAGUUAGCCCUAAAUCAGGGGAAGAGAACGCUCACUCUGAUUCUAAAGAUGGCAAUAUUGGAGAUAAGAGUCUGGAAUAUGGGACUGUGUCUGCCGGAAGAAGUGAUGCUGCUGCACUUCGCCAAAAGCCGGAGCUGAUGCAGCUCAAUUUCAAUAAGAAGGCAGAACAAGAAUCAUCCGAAGAGUAUAUUGACCCUAGCUCCGGUAACAUUGCCAAUGACAGUAACUUAACUAUUUCCAACUCAGAUAAUCAAGUAGCUACCUCCACUGACGGCAAUGACAACCAAUUCCUGGAAACUAGUGUAACAGGUUCUGGAAUAGAAAAGGGAUCUGCAACAGAAUUGCAGGCUGAUAUGUGGUCUGGUCGGAAGACGUUUGCUUCUGAUGGGCCUCCAGGAAGUACCUCAGCGAUGUCUAUGGAUAGUGUGCUCAUUGAAAAGCCAAAAAGAUUAGAUCGCUCUGUGAAAGCAACAGACCAGAAAGUUAGAGAGGAAGUGAUUCCUACAAGUCCUAAAAGCUUGGGAAUUUCCUUAGAGCUUGAGAAAUUCCAGGAAAAUUCACCCAUUAAGGAGCGAGAGGAUGAUGACUGGGCUAGGGCGGAGAAGCUGGUUCGAACAGGAGAAAGGGAAGAAGUGGAAUUGAUUAGCUCGAGUACCAGGGGAUUUGUUGUAUCCUUUGGUUCGUUGAUAGGAUUUUUACCUUAUCGCAAUCUUGCUGCCAGGUGGAAGUUCUUAGCCUUUGAGUCAUGGUUGAGAAGAAAAGGUAUAAACCCAUCCAUCUACAGACAGAACUUGGGGAUAAUUGGUAACUAUGAAGCUGCUAGCAUGAUGGAUUCCUCUGAGUCGGUGGUAGAUUCAGAAAUUGUUGGUAAUACGGACGGGACAGUAGCAUCAGAUAUGAAACUUGAGGAUCUUCUCAUGAUCUAUGACCAAGAGAAACUCAAAUUCUUGUCAUCCUUUGUCGGUCAGAAAAUCAAAGUGGGUGUCGUAUUGGCUGACAGAAAUACUCGGAAGCUAAUAUUUUCCAUUAAACCAAAAGAAAAGGAAGAAUUGGUCGAAAAGAAGAGAAGUCUCAUGGCACGACUCAGUGUUGGAGAUCUAGUUAAGUGUUGCAUUAAGAAGAUUACAUACUUCGGUGUCUUUGUUGAGGUUGAAGGCGUACCUGCGCUCAUUCAUCAGACAGAAGUCUCCUGGGAUGCCACUUUGGAUCCCGCGUCUUACUUUAAAGUUGGCCAGAUUGUUGAGGCCAAAGUUCACCAAUUGGAUUUUUCGCUCGAACGUAUAUUCUUAUCUUUGAAGGAAAUAACGCCGGAUCCGCUGAUAGAGGCCUUGGAGGCUGUGGUUGGUGAUCAAGAAGCCUUGGAUGGUAGACUUGAAGCAGCCCAGGCGGACACUGAGUGGGCUGAUGUCGAAUCACUCAUCAAAGAACUACAGCAGUUUGACGGAAUCCAAUCUGUGUCGAAAGGACGCUAUUUCUUGAGCCCUGGUUUGGCGCCAACGUUUCAGGUUUACAUGGCCUCCAUGUUCGAGAACCAAUACAAGUUGCUCGCUCGAGCCGGAAAUAGAGUACAAGAGGUGAUUGUGCAAACUUCCCUGGGGAAAGAAGAGCUGAAAUCUGCUAUACUGACAUGCACCAAUAGGGUCGAGUAAACGAUAUCCAGUCCCUCCGUUUCAGCUUCUGCUGCUUGGAUGGUUUCUCCUCGACAUAAUUUGAGACAAUCUAUGUCUUUGGUAGAACUUAAGGUAAGGAAUCAUACAUUCUUUGUCUGCUGAGAAUUUACUUUGAUCCCUCAAAUCAGCAAUGUAACUUGUCUGCUGAGAACCUAAAGAAGUAAUCUUACAUCAAUGCUUCAUUUUUUAUUUCUCGCCUGCUGUAUAAAUUUUGUGCUGUCAUAUGAUGUUCAUUCUGAUUAAGGCUUAUGCUGUCGUUACUGA